AUGUGUCUAGAAAGCUGGUAUGACUUGCAACUUGAUGAAGUUGAGGUGCUGAUUCUGAAUCUCUCUGCAAGCAACUACACCUUGCCCCUAUUCAUGGAAAAGAUGAGAAAGCUAAAGGUUCUAAUCAUUGUAAACCAUGGAAGGACCAAAGCCAAGCUAAGAAAUUUGAUAACACAUAGUGAAUUUGCUAAUCUAAAGAGGAUCAAGUUAGAGAAAGUCUCAAUUCCUUCCCUUCAUGAAUUCGCAAUGCCAUUGAAGAAUUUGCAGAAGCUAUCUUUAUUCAUGUGUGAUUUUGGCCAAGUUUUGAUGAAAUUCACCAUCAAGAUCUCCUCCAUGUUACCUAAUCUUGUUGAGAUCAACAUCGAUUACUGCCAUGAUCUGGUGGAAUUACCACCGUGGAUCUGCGGUAUCAUCAAUUUACAGACACUUAGUAUUACUAACUGUGAUAACUUAUCUGCACUAACUGAGAGAAUUGGAGAUAUAGCAAAUUUAGAGUUUUUAAGGUUGCAUGGAUGUAGUGGAUUACUUAAGUUACCAGACUCAAUUAAUGGACUCCAGAAACUGAGGUUCCUUCAUAUAUCUGAUUGUUGCAACUUAAAAAUGCUGCCUGAUGGGAUGGGUGAGUUACAUUGUUUGAAGAAGCUUGACAUGAGAGGUUGCAUAGUCUUGAGUGAAUUGCCACCUUCAGCCAUGAAUCUUGUUAAUUUAAUGGAAGUGAUAUGUGAUGAAGACACAAUAGCUAGUCUUUGGGAACCUCUAUCAUCUACUCUAACAAUAAUUGAGCUUAAAAAGGACAACAACUUGGAUUGGCUUGGGGUUGAUAUUUGA